AUGACGCAACUACAAUUUAAAGGCUGGGAAACUGCUUUGGACUCCGAAAACUUGACUCUUCUUUCCAUCCUGAAAUUCCGUCAAACAAGAGAUGACUUCUCGUUCAAUAAGUCGGUCGAGCAUACUCUUAUAUCAAAGUUCGUUUCAUACGUUGCAGAAACUGCAGAUAAAAAGUGGGGAAAGGUCGCCUCUGCCCUUAAUAACGAUGGUGGAAUUUUUAAG